AUGGAGUCGGAUUACACCUGGGUUCUCUCUAUCAGAGAAACCUUUUUGAAUACCAAAUACCUCAAUGCGGCUGGAGCGACCAUUUUUUUAUACGACUAUCUCCAAACACUGGAUCAGGAGGUCGCCACUGUCUGGCCUGGGCGCAUGUGCACGGGAAAAGUGCUGUUUCUAAUCACGCGAUACACACCCUUCAUCGACUAUACUAAUCUCAUGGCCAUUCGCUUCUGGCCAACUGCACUCCCUCCAUCGCUUUGCCACGCAUUGUUCCUUGUCGCGAACAUUGGUGCCAUUGGUGUAACGGCCUCUGAUGGUAUUCUCGUGGUCUCCCUAUAUGCCCUACUGGGGGCGAAGCGGAGUCAUAUGAUAGUGCUUUCGAUUAUUGCGCUGGCCUGUAUCAUCCCAACGUUGGUGCUUGUUGGUCUAUUCCUGAAGGCAUCUAAAGGUAGAAGCAUCCACAUUCAUCCCAGCCUCUUUUCGUGA